CUUCUUCAUUGGGGGACCUAAACUGUUCAUUCAAAGCUCUGUUUCCAUUUUCUCAUCAUUUUUCAACUGAAAGAAAAAAAAAGGAAUUUCAUCGUAAUCCAUUCCCUCUCUAUCUGAAACGCAUCUCUCAUUCGCUCAGUCCAUUUUCAGCGCCGCGUUUCCGCCGCGCCGAAUUCGAUCAAAGAUUGUAGAAAGAUCAGUAACAGAGGGUGCAUGGCGGUUGGUGACUACCGUAAAGGAGGAAGAAGGAGAUGAAAUUAUGAUUUUUAAUUUCAAAGAUAUUGUUAUGGAGAUCGAAAAUUUCAAUACCAUAUCCAUGUGGCGAGCUGAUAUUUCAUUAUUUGGGACUGAAUAAACACAUCAGCCUCCGAAUAGCCACGUGGGAUUUCCGGUACCGGAAAAAUCACCUCGAGACAUAAUUGUGGCAGUAUUCAAAGCUGAAUGGGACAUGGAAUAUCUUGGGUAGAGGAUCAAAAGAUGUGAUGCUUUUGAAGAUGGCCGAAGAAUCCAAGAAUGAUCAAGGGGAGCUUGUGAAAUCUACAGAUACUGAGAUCAAGAAGACCAAGAAACAGAAAGGAGUCCUAUCUAGAUUAUGGAGAGCAGUAUUUAGAUUAGGUGGUGAUGAUUUUGAAAAGAGAUUGCAACAUAUAUCAAAGGAAGAGGCUACUGUUCUUGCCAGAAUUACAAGGCGUUCUCAAAGUUCUCGGAGAACAACUAAGCAAUUUAUUAUACUCUCUGUUGUUUCAGAGGCAAUUGCAGUAGGUUAUGCUAUAAUGACCACAAGAUCGUUAGACUUGAAUUGGCAUAUAAGGGCAUUGCGGGUCUUACCUAUGUUUCUGCUGCCAGUAUUAUUUUUCAUUACCUACUCAGCAUUUAGAAGCUACACAAAGAUGCGUGAUACAAAGGACCACAAAACUUUGGAUAACCUUCGGGCCGAGAGACAGGCAAAAAUCAAUGAACUGAAAGAAAAAACAAAUUACUACACAACUCAACAGCUAAUACAGCGGUAUGACCCUGACCCUGCAGCCAAGGCAGCAGCUGCCACUGUACUUGCGUCCAAGUUGGGUGCAGAUUCCGGCCUGAAAGUUUAUCUAGGAGAUGAUUCUAACCUAAUUGCCUCUGUCGGAAAGAGCAAUGAUAUGGAAGUUGCAGCUACUACUGGACUACGAAAUAGAAAGCAGCCCCACUCAAGAACCUACAGCAUGGACAGUGGAUUUACCGAUCAUCCUGAGGAAGCUAUGCUUACCCCCUCUGGGGUUGAAGGUGUAGGCUUGUCUCCGAAACAUCCAAUGGUUGUCGACCAUCAUCCUCAAUCAGGCCCGAACACACAAGAUGGAGGCUGGAUUGCUCGACUUGCUGCAUUGCUUGUGGGAGAGGAUCCUACCCAAUCUUAUGCUCUUAUAUGUGGAAACUGCCAUAUGCACAACGGGCUGGCGAGGAAAGAGGAUUUCCCGUAUAUCACUUACUACUGCCCCCAUUGCAAUGCUUUGAAUCGGCCAAAGCAGGCCGAUGAACGUCUCUCCGGAUCCAGUACCCCUUCCCUAACGUCCAAGGCAUCUGUGGUUUCGGAAUCUGUACCAAGUGAAGGAGGUUCGACGGUGGAUAAGGCAUCGCAGAGCAGUAGUCCUCAUGCUGCAGAAAUUUCUGAAACUUGAAGGUAUCCCUUUGAUGGCCGAUUGUUGUUUGUUUGUGUGAGUGUGUGUUUGUGUCGUAAGAAAAGUAUGAGCUUCUCUUUUCUCUUUGAUGCGAAAAGUGUCAGUAAACAUGAUAAUAUAUGUAGUUUAAAUAUACCUUUUGUUGUUAUUGUACAUUAUGUUUCGCAAAUUGCAAAAUUUUAUUUCCUAAAGAUUUGUUACAUUUUCUUGAAUUGAAAUGAAAAUCAGAUCAUUGAAUGAA